CUCCACGGUAAGCACGGGGAGUUGGCUCAGGUCUCCUACCUGACUUAGCCACACUCCCCGUGUGGCCCCCCCAAUACAUUUUUGGGGCUGCCUCUCGUCCCUGUUGCACUGCCGUGCUAACUCCUCAUAACGCUGCUUGGUCCGGUUGUGGUGGGUAGUUCUGUAAUGGCUGUCGUGGGUUGAAGAAGGUGAAGAGGACCAAAAUGCAGCGUGCAGUGACUCCUGCACCCGUCUGCUGUUCCUUGGUCACCGGUAUGUUCGCUGCGGCGACUAAGAACUUUGUGAAGCAGGUGGGAGACACAGGUCGGUUGAUCCCUGUACCGAGCCUGAGUGAGGCUGACCGCUACCAACCCCUCAGCUUGGUCACCAGGAAGAGGAAGAGACACUUCUGGAAGAAAACCAAGUACGCCUCAACCCCCUUCUCCCUGAAAGACAUCCUGGUGGGGGAGAAGGAGAUCACAGCAGGGGUGUCGUCGUACCAGCUCCUGAACUAUGAGGACAAGUCUGACGUGGCCCUGAACGGCAGAUUAGGGAACCACCUGAUGAACGACGUGGGGUUCAACAUCAGUGGUUCAGACUCUGUGGCUGUCAAAGCCUCCUUUGGGAUCGUCACCAAACACGAGGUAGAGGUCCCAACUCUGCUCAGGGAACUCAACUCCAGGAAAGUGGAUCUGGAUCACUGUCUGAUUCGUCAGUCCAAAGAAAGUGGGCGGAGUGUUCUCUGCAUUGUCAUGGAGAGCAUCCGUACGACGCGUCAGUGUUCUCUCACUGUCCACGCUGGCAUGAGACGGACGACUAUGAGGUUUCAGAUUGAUGAUGGUCAAAACCCCAAAGGUCGAGACAAGGCCAUAGUGAUCCCAGCUCACACCACCAUCGCAUUCAGCAUCUUUGAACUGUUUGUUCGAUUGGAUGGACGACUUGAUAUCUGUGUAAGCCCUGAGUCGUUGGGCGGAUUUGAGAAGGAGCUGAUCAGAGAGCAGCUGGGUGGUUUCAUUGGUCGAUUCUCUAUGGGACGGCUACGCAGGUUCCUGUCUGGGAUUGUGUACGGAAACCCCUUCAGAGCAGACGACAGGAUGUUUGAGGAGCUCACCCACACCCACUCAGACACCUACAUGGACGACGUAGUGACAGACUACUAUGAAAAGGCAGCCAGCAUGACGGAUGUCUCCUCCACCUACCUGAGAGGGGACUCCCACUCCCGUGUCAACCUCCUCAACCACAACAUCCCCAAGGGCCCUUGUGCCCUGUGUGGCCGGGGCCAGACACCGAGGGAGACGGUAUACGGCUGUCUGGAGUGCUCCUCCGGCGGGCACAAGUACGUCAGGCUACACGUGGUGCCUUGUUUCGACCUGUGGCACAAGACGCUCAGCUGAAGAGAUGGACUCAGGAAGAGAGAGGUCAUCCCUGAUUAGGCAUACAGUACCUAACUAAUAGCCCUGUGCCAUACUGACAGUCAGAAAACUGGGGCUGGCCAAUGUCUGUAGUACUGUAUCUUAUUUGGAUCUGCCCUCCACUCCCCCUCAAUGGAUCCUCCCAAGUGACUCCCUCCGUUAGUCUACAUUAGUCUCUACUCUAUUCCAUCUCUAUUCCAACUAUUUCAUCUACACUUGACCUUGUUUUGGCCUCAUUCUGCUGGUUUCAAAGUGUGUCAUCAGGUCUUUUGGGUCAUCACCUGACGUUCAGUGUUUGUAGUGGGGUGUUUUGACCUCAUCAGGUCAGUGGGACAUUGUAAUGGUGAAAAGAGAGUGAAGAGGCUGUAAAUCUACAUUCAUAUUGCAAUGGUUACGUGACAUGGAUUCUCCUUUGUUGUUAUGUUGUUGUGACAUUUCGUUUUCUAUGGCUAGAUUAUUUAUUUUUAAAUAAAGAUUGAGGUUUUCUCUGUA